AUGUCGGUUCCUCGACCCGCCUCCACCAUGAACUCUGUGACGGUUCUCGAAGAUGAUAAUUAUGCUGCUGAAGAGGUUCCUAUUCAUCAAGAGAAAGGAAAGACGAGCGCUCUGGAAUCGUUUAUGAGCAGUGAACAGAGGAGAAAACUAGCGGAUAUUAGCAACUUGCAGGAUAACGCAAAACAAGAAAACAUGACACUGAUGAAAGCCCUAGCACACAGAAAUAAAAUCAUCGAGCUGAGCGGUGUUGAGUUUCAGAAACUGAGGAUCAACUUACGGAAUGUGCAGGAAAAGAAUUUGCAGCUUGCACAGGCAAACAGUCAUAUGUUGGCGGAACUCAAUACAAACAGAGACAGACUCAAGCUACUUCAGCAUGAACUUGGCUGCAAGAAUGUAUUGCUCAAGGCCAGGAAAAUGCAGCUUGAGGCAAGUUAUCCCGCUGUUCUGUAUAUUUCUAUUGACCAUAGUUACCUGAAAAACGGUUAUAAACUUGAGAAUUUGUUACCCAAUAUCGUGCAGGAGCAAGCACUUCCAUGUACACAUCACGCAUCGAAAGAUAAGGUUCCAUUAAACGUUUCUGAUGGGGAUUGCAAACUCUUUCAGGCGCAUGACAUCAAUCAUAAAGACACCAAGAGAAAGCGAACGUCAAGGAUAAAACCUUCAGAGAGCUCCAACGUCAAGCCCAUACAGGUUAAAGAGAACGCUAACAGUAAAAGGAAAGUUUCUGGAGUAAUAGAUACCACUGGUAUCCCCGAAGUGGCCUGUCAGAUUGAGGAUGACACUGAAAAAGAGGUUGUCUCUCAAGGCGGAAACCAAAUUGUUGACAAUAUUUUCAACAAGAAGUUUGUUCUAGAUGCAGCAAACCCGGUAAAAGACAGUGUGCACAGCAAGAGGCAAUGUGUUCGAAGGAAAUCGACCAGAUUUGAUGUUCAAAAAACUGAACAAACGGAAAAAUUGCUUGAGAUGGAUGAUGCCACAGAAACCAAAGAAAGCGCAAGGCUCUCUUUGAAAAGACGGUCUGCUCGAUUAAGGCCCGAAGAAGCUGAACCAUAUAAAAGCUUCCCUGAGAGAGACGAAGUCGGGGAGACGAUCAAGAGGAGAAGAGUCUCUUCAAGACGACAAUCUGCAAUGUUUGAUUUCCAAGCACCGGAAGUGACUGUGACUGGAACCUUGAAUGCUGAUGAUGCAGGAAGCGUAGUUAGCGACGGAUCAAGAUCUGAAGCCGUGGAACCAUCUGAAAGCAGCCAUGACACAAAAGUUACAAACGGGGAACGCAGAGUCUCAACGAGAAGGCAAUCAACAAAGAAUAAAUCUGAAACAGCUACAGACACCGAUGGAGCCAUCAAAGAAAUAGCGACAGAACCGUCUAUGCGCAUCAACAUAGUUCAAGAGUGUGUUCUGAGAUCAUCAUCAGUUUCUCAGGAGGACCAUGAAAGAGAAACAAAGAACAAGCCUAGAGGUGAGGAAACAGAAGGAAUGAUGAGAAGAACAUCUGUGGGAAGACCAUCGAGACAUGCAGCAGAGAAAGUCCAAUCAUACAGAGAAGUCUCACUUAAAAGGAAGAUGCGGCGAAACUGAUGAAUCUCCAGUAUUGUCUUGGUCUUUUGUGUUCUUAAUAUGCAAAAAUUGUUGUUCAGAAGCUACUUCUUGCUUUUUUGUAGUAUAUCCAAGUCAAUGCUAUUAUCUUGGACCUUUCCUUCUACUUAAAUCAGUAUUGUAAGCUAUGAGUCUACUUACACUAGUUUAAAAGUUAAAACACUUGUGCAUUUUGUCGUUACUUUCUUAUCUUACUUUACUAACAGCCUUAUGCAGUUUAUCAAAUAA